AUGCCGUUGACUGCACGACCUCGAGCCUUCUCGCAUCAAGCGCUUAAAUGGCUCGAAGAGGCGUCUACGAAUCAACGCACGUCUCGGUCAAAUAGUUUGACGUCCAAUUCGUUGCGUUUGUAUGGCCACUCGUACCUUUUGCCUACGCUAACGCUGCCGAAAGGGAACAACAAAGACGCUGAGAACUCGCAACAGCUUUUCCAACCUGCCAGAGCUAAUCAUCGACCCACGCCAGUGGUAUUGGACCUCCACCAAGUCUCUAGUAAUGGCUCACCACAUUCGCAUUCAAUCAAGAAACAUGAGUUGAGGAAUCAGGUCUUGCAGCUACAGAAAGCUGGAUAUAUGGUUGUAGGCAUCUCUAACGCUAGUGAAGACGUGAAGAGGACUGCAGCCGACCUCGAAUUACCCUACUUUAUAGGUACGAGGCUGCGACAGGAGCAGCGGAAUUUUGGAGUAGAUGUUGGGGAGCAGGAGGAGAUUUCUACCGCUUCUGAUGCAGCAGCCGUUUUCGUGGAAGAGGAAAAGUCUGUUCGUGUACAUACAGUAGCAGAUCCACUUCCACCAAUGGUAGUGACCCAUCCGGUGCGCUCAGGACAACAGAUUUUUGCGCAAAAUAGGUCACUCAUAGUACUGGGCAAUGUGAGCUCCGGCGCCGAGGUGAUGGCGGACGAGGACGUGGUGGUGAUGGGUGUGCUCAAGGGCCGCGCUCUCGCUGGUAUCGGCGGUAAUGUGCGCGCACGGAUUGUCUGCCACAGUUUUGACGCAGAGCUUAUUUCCAUUGCACAUUGCUUCACGACAUGUGACGACGUGGAGCAGAAUGAGACCGGAUCGUUGCAGCUACACAAGCCCACGACUAUCUCGCUCCAGGAUGACCAACUAUUUUUUGAAUCGUCGUCGCUGUGA